GAAGGGAAGGGCAGGGCGGUGGGAGACAUAACAUGGGGGCCUAAAGCCGGGACGAAGUCGGCUGCAGGCGCCGCGCCGGGGGAACGCUGAGCUGAGACCGCGCCGGCAGCCGAGCGGGAGGCGGUGAGGGGACGGGGACAUGGCGGAGACCGGCUCCGUGCACGCCACCAGGUUCGAGGCAGCCGUGAAGGUGAUCCAGAGCCUGCCCAAAAAUGGUUCAUUCCAGCCAACGAAUGAAAUGAUGCUCAAGUUCUAUAGCUUUUAUAAGCAAGCAACCCAAGGACCCUGUAACAUUCCACGACCUGGAUUUUGGGAUCCAAUUGGUAGAUAUAAAUGGGAUGCUUGGAGUGCCUUGGGAGACAUGUCCAAAGAAGAAGCUAUGAUAGCCUAUGUUGAAGAAAUGAAGAAGAUUCUUGAGAGUAUGCCAAUGACGGACAAAGUUGAAGAAUUACUACAAGUAAUAGGCCCGUUCUAUGAAAUAGUAGAAGAUAAAAAGAACAGAGGAUCUGACCUAACCUCAGUUCGAAUGGAGAAAGUCUCUAAGUAUUUGGAAGACCUUAGUAAUGUCAUGAAUUCCACUCCAAAUAUAAAGGCUGUGAAUGGAAAAGCUGAAAGUAGCGAUAGUGGAGCAGAAUCAGAAGAAGAAGGGCUUCGUGAAGAGGAGGAAAAAGAACUGCAGCUAAAUGGAAAGGACUAUAAGAAUGUGAAACCAGAAUCAGCAGCUGCUAAGGAUUUGGGAAGUAUUGUUGCUAAUGGCUGUUACACGGAUGGCCUUACCCCGGAGAUGCAGAAUGGUGUCCAGACCAAAUCUGCCCUGAAUGGCUUGAACCCAGAGGAUGAAGUAAAGAAAACAGAGCCCAGCAUAGAAACAGCUAAUAACAAUGCUCACCAAGGUGCAAAUGAAGAGAAUACUGAGGAGUUCUCAGCAACUCAGCACUUAACCAGUGAUUCAGACAGUGAAGUUUAUUGUGACUCUAUGGAGCAACUUGGACUAGAAGAGCCCUUGGAGAACAUCACAUCAGCUAAAGGAUCUUUAAAGCAUUCAUCCCAUUUCUUGGAUGUAGAUCACAGUCUUCUGUUAGAAAAUACGGAUUUUCCAAGGAACACUUGCAUGACUUCUAGGAGUCUCCAACCUGGAGAUACAGUAGAGGGAGCAGCUCAAGAGCAAGGCGAAGUCAAGUGUGGAGGAGAAGAUGGCAAAGCCAGUAAUGGAGGCCCUCACAAGGAGAAGAAAGGUGGAGAAAAAGCAGAUUUUUACAAUGUCAGAAGAGGGAGAGGGCAUAGGCUUCAGCCUCUGGGAGAUGGCUCUCAAGGUGGCCAGAUGGGCAGUGGAGGGGACGGAGAGCGCUGGGGAUCGGACAGAGGACCCAGGGGCAGCCUCAACGAGCAGAUUGCCGUGGUGCUGAUGCGGUUGCAAGAAGACAUGCAGAACGUCCUCCAGAGGCUGCACAUGCUGGAGGCGGUUACAGCCUCACAGGCAAAAUCUGCAACACUACAGUCAAAUUAUCAGACUGCCUCCUCUGACAAGAAACCAUCAUGGUGGCCCUUUGAAAUUUCUCCUGGUGUUUUAGCGUUUGCUGUUGUCUGGCCAUUUAUUGCCCAGUGGUUGGUACAUGUGUAUCUUCAGAGAAAGCGAAGAAAACUGAAUUGAGAAGUCAUGACUUUGCUUAAAGACUGCUAGAAGAUUGCCCUGGAAAGCGAAGGAAUUCUGAAUUCUCAUAGAAUCUCAGGAUCUGGGAUGACGUUCCUUCUGUUAUAGUAAUAUUUUGUACUACCUUUGAGCUCAACAUUUAAGGACUAACAAUAUUGAAACUUGAAUGAUUCACAGCUCCUAGGUUACAAAUAAAGUAAAUUUAAUAAUUCCAUCCUCAAACCCAUAUGAACAUUAAUUAUUUUGGAAUGUGCUUGCGGAUGGGCCUUCAGUAAUUACUGGUCUUGCUGAUCUCAAAUGAUGAAGAGAAUAUCAUCUUUGUAAAAGAGUAAGUGAAAAUAUAUAGAACUGUCACUUUAAUAGAGAAAAAAUUUUACGGUCACAACAUCCCUGCCUGUUUUUCCACAGGGUUACAUAUGCUUAGAUGAAAGCACUAAUAAACUAUGAAUUCAAUACUUUGUAAGCUGUUGGAAAAAUGCAGUAUAGCUCUGAGGAAUUCAACUGGUUAUUUUUGCUGCUAAACCAGUGUGGGGCAAGUUUCCGUGUCAAUUGGUCAGAAAAGAAGUUGCAUCUUUCAUUUAUCCUUUAAGGUCAUUAAGAAGAUUUGGGAAUUGAUAGAUGUCUUGUGAGUUAAAGCCAUUAAUGACAGAGGGACUGUCAAAUAUAGGUUUGGAAACCGUGUGCGGUACAAAGGAUCCAUCUAAAGAGGCUGCACCUUAUAUUUUUAACUUGGAUAAAAGCUUGUUUUCACUGAAAUACAUAGUUUAGGCACAAGGUGCUUUAAAAGGAGCUGAAAGCAGCUCUGUAACUGUGUCUCUAAGAUUUUAAAAACCUCAGUGCACUGUAAGUUUUUAAUUGUCAGUUUAUGUCAAAUUAAAAUAAGAUUUAAUCUAGCCCUAGGCUGUUAUGGACUUUGCCCAACUCACAUUAGGAAAAAUAUCCGUUCUGGUAUUUCUUUCUCUCUUAUCCCUCUACUUCCUUUCAAAACAAAACUUUUCAGCUAAUUUUGGUGCUGAUUCUUUUUUUUGUUUUUCACAGAGUAUUUAUUAACCAAUAUACAGAUGGAGUUAGAACCUGUGAAGUUUGCUUGAUUAAAGCAUGCUUUACACAUAGUUUUAAAAUGAAUUAAUAUAUAAAUUGUCUAAAUCUCUGGAAAAUGGAAAUGCAUUAACAUUAGAUUUGACAGAAAACUAAGAGAUUCAUUUGCUAUAAAGAGUUACAUCGUAACAUAACCCAUCCUUAAGAUCUGAAUCUUCAGAAAUUUCACCAUGUUAUAGACGUGCUUUCAUUCUCCACCUGGACUAUGUAUUAUAAGUAAUUCUUGAGGAAAGUUAUUUUUUGUCCUUCCUGAAAAUCUUUUAUAGUUUGGAAAACAUUUUUCAUACAAGCUAUACUGUAUAAAAAUGUAAUCACAGAAUUUAAUGUUUGUUUUACCAGAGCAAUUUUAAUCUUGUAUUUAGUUAAGUACAGGGGCUUUUUUUAAGUUACUCUUUCCCUCUUCUGAUUUCCUUCUUGUAAAGCUGAAUUAAAAAUUAAAACGAUCAGAACCUCUUUGAAGACUGCUCUAACACUCAGAGGGUGAGUUUUGGCAUGAGAUGUACUGAAAACUCAGGUUUGAACAAAGCUUGUGCUGGAAGGGAAGUUCUGCUGUGACCUGAAGCCAUUGUGCCUGUAGCUUGAAUGUCCCAGAGUGAUUGACUUCCUAUCAGAAACUGAUAGAAAUGAUCCUACAGGAAGGACACUCGAGCUUGAAGGUCACUUUCAAAAACCCCCUCCUGAAGCAGCACGUCUUGUGACAGGAUGAAGCAGCCUGGAGUGCCUGCUCCCAGGUUCAUAACCAUGGCACAUGUAGGUCUCUUGCUUUUAGAGAUGGUACAGACAGGCUUAAAGGUACUUCACUGUUAACUUCCCGCUGAAAUAAAUGUAGGCAUAUGCCAUCCUUGUUAUUUAUUCAUGUUUCAAUAAAUCAAUCCCUUAA